CGAACGUACCAGAUCAAAUCAAAUCAAAAGGUAAGGCAUUGCCAUUGAUACUGUCCGGCGAUGAACAAUCAGAUAUCCCUUGUGAGCAAUCCUCCUCACAUCCCUUUUCGCGUUGCGUGCUGGUACACUUUCCAGACUUAUAUUUACCACGCGUUAACAACAAGGAGCAAUACAGGGUUGCAACUCACAGUCGCAUCGGUCGUGAUUCGGCAUCCUGCAUUUUUUGGGACGACAACGAAGGGAGAGAGGACGUAGAGCGCACAUACUUCUUACCAAAGAUUGAUCCCGAUACAAACCACUUCGCAAAUCUUUCCCCCAUGUCUGGUUUGGAAAAUUGUCGCCACUGGUUUCUGAUUGCACAAGCACACGGGGCUAUGAUCCAACUGUUUUGCCUCCCCUUGGGUUGGAAACAACACAACGACGACUUUCCCCCCGACGAUUGUGACAUGUACGACGAAAUGGACGACGCGGACGACGUUCCUUUCUAUUUGACCUCGAAACUGCUUUUGCCGAAAGGAGGGCAGGUUCUUCAGAUCGGAUUCUAUGGAGACGAUGGAAAGAGUUCUCUUUCAUCUGGAAACGAUAGCGGCACUGGGAUGGAAGGACGACAAAAAAUUGGCUUCAUCUUCCAAAAGUAUUCACCGUCGUCUACAAAAGAGCUCUGGACAACGACUUACGAUUCAUUGUCGUGGCAAGCCGUCCCAUUCGAUCCUAUGCUAUUGAAUGCUUCCCAGGUUGACGCAAACUGCAGCAAAAAAGUCGUGCAGCUUUCGGUCGGCGAGAGUUGUGACAGUGAUGACGAGGACAGCAUUUUACUGGCUCAAAGUAAGUAUGGGCCACACCGCUAUCGAAAUCGAAACUUGUUGCAAUUUUCUCACUUUCUUUCCUGCUUUCUCGUUUCGUUCGUAUUCGUCGAAAGGUCGAACAAUAGCAGAAGAUUCACCGACUGAUUUAUGUGAACUGUUGCUUUGCGGCUCGAGAGGAGUAGGCGGCGUUGUCACCAAGUCUGACGAUCUCAUUAGAGUUGAUCUAAUUGACUUGGAAGAUGACGAAGACGAAGAAGACUCAUACGAAGAGUAACAAAGUAGACAGAAACUUUUUCUAUAUGAACGCUGUUUUAUUAUCCGACAUACCUCUACUUUUCAGUAAUCGUAAAGCUUUGUAGAUAUCGAUGUUGAAGUGGACAUUCUGAGACUUAUGUGAUUCAGGUGCGCCAGGAGGUGCACCAUUGGCAUCGAGCAAGGUGAGCUGCAAAAUACCUCAAAGGAGCUGGGAGCUCAUUGUGAUUGGUGAAUUAGGUUGUGUUAUAUGUAAUUGUUAAGUGAUGCAGAUCUCAGAGCAGAUGGUGGCCCUGGCGAGCUGGAGGGCAGACUGACACCACAUGGGAGCAGCUGUCUUGAUGUGAAAGAAUCCUUGAAGUUGAAGGGAUCCAAGGAUAUGAAGGGAUGAUUGAGUAUAAGAGGAGUGAAUUCCGGACAGAGGCCGUGAUUAUCAGAGCUAGGAGGAGAGCUCAUAUUUCAAGGAAUAGAGGAUAAGAUAGAGA